AUGGCGAUUGACCUCACCGAGUUCUUGGUUUCCAUCGGCAAGACUGUGUGGAAUAUAAUCCGGCUUGACGGCACCACCCACCGUGGACGCAGCGUAGAGCUGUGGGUGGUGCUGACGACGGUGCUGCUGCUGGCCAACUUCGCCGUCGAUUCCUUCGGGGCCCGGUUCUUCCCCAAGUGGUUCAUGAAAGCCACCGGCGAGUUCUUCGUGAUACUCAAUGCCUCCUCUGUGACCUACACCCUCGGGCUCAUGGAGCCUUCCAUGAAGCAAGGCGGCGGAGCCCUGAGCAACUUCUUCCACGUCUGGGCCGUCCUCAUCGUCACCAUGCAGUACAGCGUCCAGGUCGGCCGGCCGAUCAAGGGAAAGGAGCUUACCUUGGUCGACCUGAUAUCGUCCGUGUGGGCAGCCAACCUCCUCCGGCGCUCCAGUGCGGGGCUGAAAAUCAGGCUUCCCCUCUGCUUGAUCUUGUCCCUCAACGUGCUGCGCAUCGUCCGCUACUACUUGGACUCCAUCCGGGCGGCUGACGCGACCGCCCACAACAUGAAGCUGGUGAGCGACUACAUGGCGUCCUCGCGGCACACAGCCGCCAAUGCCCGCCCUGACACCAUGGCCGGGUAUAGGUACUUGGUCCAUGGAGAAGAGGAACAUGAGAUGGAGAUCCUAAGGUCCAAGGACGCCACGCCUGGGAAGGAUUGGGUGCCACCCGAGGACCUCAUCACUCUGGAGACGGUGUGGACCCGCCCUCACACCGAGGACAAGCUUCUGGGCAAGAACUCCAACGACAGGCACAAGUACAAGGACGUUUGCCUCUCCUUCGCUCUGUACAAGAUGCUGCGCCGCCGCUUCUUCGGUUUCCCCAUACCGGAAGCCAACAACUGCGGCACGAGUGAGCUCGUCUUCAAGGGCAUCCUCGAGGAAACGGACGACUACGAGAGGGCGUUUCGCGUCACCGAGGUAGAGCUGUCCUUCCUCGGCGACUUCUCCUACGGCAAGCAUGCGGUCGUGUUCGCCGCCGGCUUCCCUGUCGUCCGGCUGCUGCUAUCUGUCCUCAUGAUAGUGUCCCUUGUAUACACGGUCUACGCUAUCCGCGACAUACCUAGCGCCGGCACAUAUGCCACCGCUGACGAGCAGCUCGCCAGGGUUACUCAUGGAGUGGGCGUCACCCGCUGGAUCAUCGCCAUCAUCACCUACAGAGAGCUCUGGGAGAUCCGUAUCUAUGUGUGGUCGCAGUGGACAAGGGUGGUGAUCAUCUGCCACUACGUUCGGCUGCUGCCACAGCAAGGGUGUAUCUCGAUGCUGAAGCGCUUGGUGAUGGAGAAGGCGGCGAGGUUCCUGUUCAGGCACGUCGGGAGGAGCUGUUGGAAUCAAGAGAUCCAACAGUACAACCUAAUUUUAGAAAGCGUGAAUUGGCGAGACGACGACAAGAUGAAGCUGCGGACCCGGGUGAAAAAUGUGAAGCUGCAGGCCGAGGUGAAGAAGGCGCUGCUUGGGUCACUGAAGGCCCUGGAUCCUACCCUGAAUCUUCAACAUGGUUCGUUGGGGUCCUACCUGCAGAGAGCCUUCCAGGGCGACCACUGCAUCGCCAUCGAGAGUAUCCAUGGCCAGGGCGAGACCCACAAGAUUCUUGUUUGGCUGCUUUGGCAUGUCGCCACCGGCCUCUGCCAGAUCAAACUGUUGGAGACACAUACAACAACCGGGCAGCCAAAGUCCGUGUACUGUGAUCCCGGCAGCGAGUUCGUCGGAGGGACACGGCGGCCCGAGGGCUACGUCACUGCGAUGAGCCUGUCCAACUACUGCGCGUAUCUGGUCUCGCGGGCGCUGGUGCCAGACAAUGGUCUCGUCGCCAAGAAGGUCUUUGACGCCGUGCGAUGCGAGGCCCGUGAAAAAUUGACCAGCCACGAGAAACCGAUGGAGGUCUACGACGCCCUCAUGGCGAGAGCGAAGUUGCCGUCGAUCCUCAACAUUGGCGCGGAGCUGUCGAAGGAGGUCCAGUCGGCGUACGGCGACCCACAGACCCUCUGGGCGCAGCUGGCCAAGUUCUGGGCUGGGUAUCUCCUGCACCUGUCGGCCAACACGAGGGCGGGUAAGCAUCAGAUCCAUCUCCAAGGGGGCGGAGCAGAGCUGGCCACGCACCUGUGGGCUUUACUAUCCCACGCCGGCUUCCUCGGCAACAUCGCUCACGGCCAUCAAAUGCUUGACCCAGAAGACCUAGGGGAGGCCUAA